AUGACGACGGAAGUGGUGAGCGUCUUCGGCAACCUACUACCGGGGCUGGCGACGAACAUGAGAGAGACCUCGAAACAGCCGAGAGAAAUGGAUCGGGAGACCGAGAACGCACCGAACAAGCGACCCAAAGCGGCCCGGCGAGGACAAAGGGGAGGCCGACGGCAAGUUGCGGACGAGAACCUGAACUCGGUGGUGACGCUCCUGGCAAAUCUCUCGCUGCAGCAGGAGGACGCCCUGAACCGUCUGCGCCUGGACACAUCCUUCACCUUUCACCUCCAGCAACAAGGCCCAGGAACUAUAUUGCUGCCGCUUUUCAAAGCCGGGCAGGAAUGGCAACAAAAACAAAAGAAAGGGGAGAAUGAGGUCGUGGCAAGAGUCCAACUCAUGGUAGGCGACCCCACGGCGGUGGAGAAUGCAAUGAAGCACCAGUGGCUCGACCAGCAGAAGCGCUUCGUCUAUCAGGAGUGGAAUUCGGCCACCAAGAAGGUGGAGCCGUCGGCGACAGCCAAGAGCCUGACGGUGGAAGAGGCGACGGAGCUCAUCAAUCAGGUCGCAGAGCUUUGUCUUCCGGAUCUGGUCACCAGGUUCUGCGCCCAAAGGCGUCCCAAACAAGAGCCCCAGGAAGGCGACAAAGCAGUGUUCCUCAUCGAAGUAGCCAUGAGAGACCCGAGGGCAAACAUCCUGCAUCAAAAAUUGCGACAGUUGGCCAACUGCGCAGUUUGGAAUGUGGUGGGGGCGCAACUACAGCCGCCAAACCAGCAACGCCACGGCCUGGCAAUGGCAUUGCAAAAGGCACUGGAAAACAUUUGA